GUCUUCUUUUAAUCGCAAUUGAUCUUGCAAAUAAUCAAAAUAUUAAACUUAGCCACAAACAUCUUCAUCAACGACCAAUGCAUAUCUCUGUAUCAGAACAAGUUAAACAAUAUAUACAUGAGAAUUUAGUAUUUAAAGCAUCAGAAUUACACUGUGAAAUUAUAUCAAAAAAACUUGAUAGAUUUGAAACUUUAACGAUCGAUCAG